GUCGGCGGAGCGCGUUGUCGUCGAUUCACUGUCGUCUGGGAAGCAUCGCAAUCUCAAUUCACAUCCAACAUGGUCGCCGAGCUCAAGAAGUUGGCCGCUUCGGCUGCUGGCAAGCAUGCCGCAUACAAGAAAUACACCGUGCAACCGACGGGCAUCUGGAAGCGCAUCGGAGACUUCUUUGCUGUCGACCCCAAGCGCUCUUCCGGUAUCCCUCUCAACCCUCAGUACCGUCUGCCCUCUCCCGGUGCCGUGGAUCCCAAGCUCUACGACGACCCGACCACAGUUCCUGCCGCCGACCUUGCCGAGAACCCCUACUGGAAGCGCGAUGUCCGCAGAUCGUAUCCCAAGCUUAGUGUCGUCAAGCAACCUGACGUUGUUGCUCUCUUGACCGUUGGAAGUGCACAAAACCCAAAGGAGAACGUCCUGCAAAUUGGUGAUGCCGGCGCCAAGCAGUUGGUCUCAUUGAAGGAGGAGGGUGAGAAGGGUCUCUCGGCCUUUUUCCAGAAGGACAACAAGGCUGGCGUCAGUGUGCUGGGCCCCAACGGACUGCCUCCAUUCCCUACCUCAAGAUACCCUUCGUCUACUCCCAAGCGUUACGAGAUGCUCAAGGAGCAGUCUUACAGCACAAACUACCCCUGCAGAACGUUCGAGUAAAUGCAGCGAACAUGUACAUUUUCUUUUCCUUAGAUGUUCCAAAUUCGACAUGCCUUGACAGACAGCCUUUUCUGAGCGUUCGAUUGUUUCUGAGUGAAGACAGGUUGACUCGUUAUCGUGAUAAAGCAUCAUACACGGUCAAGGGUGGGUGCCUUCCCAAAUUUAUUCCGGGCGCCCGGAUCCGAGACGGGCAGGCACGACAAGC